AUGACAGCACUCAUUACAAAAUGUCCAAAUACUUGUGAAUUGUUGGACAACAAAGGUAGGACAGCUCUUCACCUUGCCGUGGAACAUGGAAAGAAAAAUGCAGUCAAAGUAUUGCUCCAGACAUUAACAUUUCAGGAUCACAUAAAUGAGCAAGAUAAAGAAGGCAACACGCCUUUACAUGUAGCUGCCAUCAAUGACCGUUUUAAAAUAUCAAUGAUGCUUACAGAUGACAGGAGAGUUGAAAAACUGGCUGUGAACAAGGAGGGGAUGAGCGCUGCUGAUAUUAUUGAAUCACGGAAGAAGCUUUCGUGGUCUGAAAAUAAAGCAAUCAUGUCAAGCAGGCUUAGACGCGAACGUCUACUGACUAAUAGUUUGGAACGAGUGGUUGGCAGUCACAUACAGGCUGCCAAAAAGGAGCCUGUAGUGUCAAAAAUGGGUGAAGACAAUAACACAGAAGACCCAGAAACUGAUCUAAAAAUUAGAAGUAUGUCCAAUUUCCAAAUGACGGCAAUCACAAUCAUUACAACUCUCUCCUUCGCAGCAGUCUUGCAAUUGCCUGGUGGACUCGACACAAAUGGCAAGGCAGUUCUAAGAGACAACGACGACUUUAAGGGAUUUCUGAUGUUUGUUUCGGUGGCCUUUGUUACCUCAGCUUCGGCAAUGUUUAUCCACUUCCUUAGGGCUUCGUUUCCGAAAUAUCACGGCAUCGAGUACGCAACAGUGCGACUAUUAUCGCUUUUAAUUGAAAUGUCCAUUUUCUUUGCGGCCGGUGCCUUUGGUUGCGGCAUAUCAGCAGUCAUUCUGUUUAUAAUAUUUCUGAAUGGGCUUUGA